AUGGCAUGUACUUGUUUCAUGCAAAUGUGUAAUGAUGCCUAUCCACUCGUUUAUAUUACCAUACUACGAUCACAUAUCAAAAAUUUAUUAAACCGUGUAGAGAAUUUAUGCAUGGAUCCAAAUAUGUCUAAGGCGCAAAAUAUUGAAGAGUUAAAAAAUUGUAUUAAAGAUCAUCAAAACUUAAUAGAGUUCUUUAAUCGCAUAUCACCGCUCAUAUCCGUAACAGUUUUCAUACAAUUCAUAACAUCUGCUUCUGCAAUGGCCAUGACACUGAUUAACCUUAUGAUAUUUGCGAUUGACUUCUCCGCACGUAUAGCUUCAAUCUUUUACUUCAUAGCCAUUUUGACGGAGACAUUUCCAUUGUGUUACUUUGCUCAGAUGCUUAUGGAUGAUAAUAAUAAAUUGGCUGAUACUAUAUUCCAUUCCAACUGGAUGGGACAAGACGUUGCCUAUACCAAAAUGUUAUUAUUUUUUUUGCAACGUUCGCAGGCUAUGAUGGAGUUGACAGCUGGAAAAUUAGUACCAAUUACACUAAACAGUUUUUUGGGAAGUGCAAAGUUCUCAUUCUCACUAUACACUUUUGUGAAGCAAAUGGAUACUAAGGGAAAGUUUGGUGUACACUAAUUCAAG